UCUUUUCACGCCGUCAGACUACGACUUUUACACUGGCGAGAGCAUGAACCCCGAGGGUAUGGUCGUCCUUUGCAACUAUCGCGAGGACGGUGUCACCCCCUACUUCAUCCUCUGGAAGGACGGACUCAAGGAGACCAAGAUCUAGACGUUUCCAGGCUGUGCAGCGACACGCACUCCCGCUGCUGCAAACUUCGUCACUUUCUUCUGCUUUCCGCUUUCACGUCGCACAUCAGCACAAGCUCGUCC